UGGUGCGUGUGCCUAACCUACAGCGAAAUGCGUAGGAAUUUCGGGUGCGUGUGUGUGUGGGUGAGGGCACACUGUACAGCGAGUCCACGAGAGCGACUACGAGGCAGGGCUGCCGAGGAACGGCGCUUCAGUAGGACAGGCAGUCCUUCGGCUGACGGUCAACGCGAGCGAAAAGCCAGAAAAGAGCAGCAGCAGCAGCAAGGACUUGGGCAGCACGAAAAAUAGUGAAAUAAGGAUAACCAACAGAGCAACGGCAGCGGUACAAGCAACAGCAACUGGAGACCAACUGGGGAGCAACUGGGGAGCGGCACAGGAGUCAGGACACGAGAAAAGGACACAACUAAUAUCAGGAGCUAUAAUCACCGCACAUCGGCACAUCAGCACCUCAAUUUGCAUGUCUUCGUUCGUUUGCGCUGAAUAUGAAGUAAACAAAUACAUGAGCCACGCCAUAAAUGUCAAACUGAGGUGUGCCGAUUAUCAUGGCAAGCAAUGUACAACAACGGCAGCAACAUCCAUGCACCACAACUGAAGAGCCGAAGCACCAGAGAGCACGAGGAGCAGCCGGAGCCGCCGGGCAGCACCAGGAGUCGGCGACGGCGACGGGGGCAUGUCAGCAGUCCUGGUCUAGUCACCAGCACCAGCAUCACCAACAGCAGCAGGAGGAUCAGGAGCAGGAGCAGGAUCCGCAGGAGCCAGUGCAUCACCAGCGCAGCCAGGCACCGCGCCAGCACGAGCUACUGCACCACCAGCGCAAGGUGCCGCCGACGCUGCCGUCCGCCGCCCGCGGUCGUCUACUGAUCAGCGAGGGCGCCCGGCGGCGCGAGGUGCGCGGCUGCGGGGCGGGGGGCGGCGGUCUGCUCUGCUGCAGCCUGGACGCGCUGAGUCGUCCGGCGAAGCUACUGCAAUUCGGAGUCCUCCUGCUGAUCCUGCUGCUCGCCACGCAUGGAGAUCUUGCUCAAGCGGAGGGCAAUGUUGGCUGCCAGUUUGUUAGGACGCUAUGCAUACCGCACUCCGAGGUCUGCUACGAUGACAACAUAUUCGGCAAGUGCAUUCCAACCACCGGCGUCGACGUUGAGGACAUUGAGAAGACACCACUCACUGAGGAGCAGUCCCGUGUGCUGGCCACCAUGCUGGAGGAACUCCAGGGCGCCGGCCUAGGAUGGGACCAUCCUUACGUGCAGUGCCGCAUCCAGGGGUCACUAUUCUCGCUCCAGCGACAACAGCAACUUCCGCCGAAUCUCUGCGCGAACCUGGCGCCCACUCCUCCGGAGUACGGCGAUCCGGCGAGUGCAUUGGCCUACGUGCGCUUCACGCCGCCGGAGACGGAGGCCGAACUGGACUAUUACGAGCAGCCAGGUGGUGCGGCGCAAUUCUAUCCGGCGUUGCGGAAGAAGCAGGUGCGGGAAAGCGAUGCGGACGAUCUGUACCUCAACAGGAUGCUGCAGGAUCGCCGCCGGCUGAGGCACGAUCCCUCCGAGCUGGAGCACUUCGGCAAGAUGGACGCGCACGGGCAGAGCACCCAGCUGGACGCGCCGAGCAUCAUGGACGCCUUCCUGGACACCGAGCGCCAGAGGAUCGAGCGCGAGCAGCAGCUGGCGGCGGCGGAGCAGGAUGCCGAUCGCAGGGCGGAGCAGAACCGGCUGGAACUGUACCAGAUUCUGGCCGCCUCCGAGCCCGAUCCGCAGCCGUACCAGCGGAAGCCGGCGGCGCAGCCGAAUGCCAUGGACCAACUGGAGGCCAUUGUGGAGCAGCAGCAGCAGCGCGAGCUGAAGGAGCAGCAGGAGCAGCAGGCCAAGGCGCCGGUCUACGUGCCGCCCGAGGAGGUGAACGAGUCCAGCGAGCUGUACUUCCCGGACAACUUUGCCCCCUUCAAGAGAGCAAGGGGUCACUCCAGAGGGGGAUUGCCCGCGGAAGUGGAGCUGCCGGACGAGCAGCCCAAGCGUUCCUUCUUCCGCGAACUGGCCGGCGAACAGGGAUUGGUGCAGGAGCCGCCUUUGAGAUUCACCCAUGCGGCAGCCGAAGCGGACGCCACUCCCGAGCUGGUCAAACGCCGACCCGCGACCUUCAAGCAGCUGGUGGAUCCGUACGAUGUGAGCCUGCAGCAGCAGGAAAUGGCCUUCGAGUCGGGUCUGCUGCGGAACUCGCUAACGCCUCUCGAGGAGGAGGCCAUGCUGGCCUCCAACAGUUUCCCCCGGCAGGCGAAGAGCCAGCGGGUCUACACCGAGGGUGGGCUGCUCCUGAUGCCCCAGGAUGGCGAACAGGAUGGCGCCGCUGGCAUGCAGGCCGAUGAGCCGGAGAGCGUGAAGCAGUCGCUGCUGGCCAACAUGCUGGGAUUCGCGCGCCACGAACGCCUGGAUGUGAAGAAACCAGGACCGCUGCUAGGACCUCCGUCCUUGGGCUCCGCGGAGCUCAGCAAUCAGCUGGAGACGGAGAAGGCGCGCAAGCAGGAGGGCCAUGGCAACAAGGAGGUCCUGCCCGCCCACAUCAAGGGCAAUGCCGAGGACGAGGAUGCCCACAAGAAGAAGAAGGUCAUGAAGCAGCAGCACUCGGCCGAGGAUCAUGCGCCGCACACCGUAGACACUGAAUACGUGCAUGUGUUCGUCAAGAACCCGAUCGACAGUUGGAACGAUGGACAGCGCAUCAUGAAGGAGCUGGAGCAAAUACUACACAUGCAGGGAUACUUUUCUUAUUUAACCGUUCAACAACACGAAGUCAGCUUCCGGGUGAACUCAAACAACCCCGAGCGCAAAACCGCCGGCGAUGUGGCACGAACGAUCAACGAGAACCGCGGCGUGAAGAACAACAUCCAGCGACGCGUCGGGUUCUACGUGCUGCACGCCGGCGUGGGUGAUGUGAUCAAGGACCUGCAGGACCCCAGUGUCUCGUCCUCGCGAAUGGAGCUGGCCGAGCAGGGACCCGACGUCACCCACAUCAUGGCCUACAUGUUCGCUGGCGCCGGCGCGGCCGCCGUGAUCGUGAUCUUCGUCACCCUGAUCCUGAUCAAGCGGCACGACCGCAAGCGGGACAAGCUGGGCGGUCUGCAGUCGGGCAUUGCGGGUGCGGAGACCUGCAGCAAGGACUACCAGGAGCUGUGCCGCGCCAGGAUGGCUGGCAAGGCGGGCGGCGGCGGUGGCAAUUCGACCGGCGGAGCUGCCGGCGGUGGGUCAAACGAACCGGCGCCAAGCGGACGGAUUACAUCGCUGAGCAAGGAGAACGAAGGUCGCCCGCCAUCCUCGCGUUCCAGCACAUCUUCGUGGAGCGAGGAGCCCGCACUGACGAACAUGGACAUCUCCACCGGGCACAUGGUGCUGUCUUACAUGGAGGACCACUUGCGCAACAAGGGACGCUUGCAGCGGGAAUGGGAGGCACUGUGCCGCUAUGAGGCGGAGCCCAGUGCUCGGGAGGCGGCCUCCCAGCCGCAAUGUGCGGGUCUCAACCGACCCGGAGCUCCCCUGCCCUAUGACCACUCGCGCGUAGUGCUCAACCACCUGGCCAACGCCGAAGGACUCGACUAUGUGAAUGCAUCAACGAUUACCGAUCACGAUCCACGUGCGCCCGCGUAUGUGGCCGCCCAGGGUCCACUUCCAUCGACCCUGGCCCACUUCUGGCAGAUGAUCUGGGAGCAGGGAGCCGUCGUCAUCGUGGCCCUCUGCCGCCUCCAGGAGAACGGCGAGGUGGCCUGUGCGCGCUACUGGCCGGAAGAAGGUGCCGAGGUGUAUCACAUCUAUGAGGUUCACCUUGUUAGUGAACACAUUUGGUGCGACGACUACCUCGUACGUUCUUUCUACCUCAAGAACCUGCGCACCAGCGAGACCAGGACGGUCACCCAGUUCCACUUCCUCUCCUGGCCGCACAUGGGUGUGCCCGCCCAGGCGAAGGCGCUGCUGGACUUCAGGAGGAAGGUGAACAAGUCCUACCGGGGACGUCGCUCCUGCCCCAUUGUGGUGCACGGCAGCGCCGGAGCCGGCAGGACGGGCGCCUACAUCCUGCUGGACCUGGUGCUCGAGCGGAUGAACAAGGGAGCGCGGGAGAUCGACAUCGCCGCCACCUUGGAGCACCUGCGUGACCAGCGGGCCGGCGUGGUGGCCACGCGCCAGCAGUUCGAGUUCGUGCUGAUGGCCGUGGCGGAGGAGGUGCACGCCAUCCUGAAGGCUCUGCCGGCGAACACCUCCGGCGAGAAGCGGGAGCUGGACAAGGAUCCAGUGGUGGGCGGCGGCACUGGCGCUUCCAGCAGCAGCACCACCAAGGAGCCUCUGAAGGAGGACAAGGCGCAGGAGGCGGCCGAGGAGGAGGCGCCCACCAGCAGUUCCAAGGCAGCCAAGAAGGAGAAGGAAAAGGAGAAGGAUAAGGAGGAGAAGGAGAAGAAGGAGAAGCAGGCGAAGGAUCAGGCGAAGGUCGCCGAGCCGAGGACGCCAGCCAAAGCGGCGAAGCAGGCGAAGAAGUAAGCCAAUCCGAUCCAGGAUCGGAUUGAAGGUUAAGCCUCAGGUUAAUGAUUAUUGCAGCGUUUCGGGGGUCUUUUCAGUUCGUUAUAGUCAGUCAGUAAUGCAUUGAGUUCGCAUUCGAUUUUUCAUUUGGCGUGAGCACUUCGAUGCACUUCGAUGCACUUCGAUGCACUUCGCAGGCUUCACGAGAUUGUCAGCAAAAGGACAUUAUAUCUUCGGUUAUCUACACCGCGCCGAGGAGCACAACCACCGUCCGGGAUCGGGGAUCCCCCGGACGUGACACGCUGCCCCGGUCUGCACCAGCCCGUGAGACCCGGGGUGCGUCCAUGUGGGCGGAUUCGCGAACGGCGGAGUUGUGCGGCGCAAGCAACUAUAGAAACGCACGAUAUAUAUAUACAUAGCAUAUAUAGCAUAUUUGAGUGUUAAAGGAUUUACAAGAAUAUUUACAACCAUGCCAUAACUUAUAUUAUAUGUAUACAUGUCUAGGUGUUAAGCAUUGGAUUCAAUUAUGAGGCAUUUUACUUACUCGUACAUUACUCGAUAUCGAUGUUGGCAUUAAACUUAAACUCUAAUCGAUGUGCUUGAAAAACCAGCAAACGAACGACAACAAUCGCUGAACGGUAUACAUAUGCCAAGCCAGACAGAACUAGAACACGAAAUACACUGAGAAAAAAAACACUAGACACUAGAAGCACUCACACUCCCACUCACACUUACACACAUCCAGAGACAUAUACAAGACAGACAUAUAUAGAAGAAAUGAAGAUUGCAAAAUUUGUACCUAACAAACAAAGUUCUAUUUACAACAUGAAACCAGAGAGAGUUUGAUGAGGAGCAACCUAUUGAUGUGUAUGACAAUUAAUUAUACAAGGAUAUAAUCUCACACACUUAACAAAUAUAUUUGUAUACAACAUAUAUUAUUCAUAUACAAUAUAUAUGGUGAAUGUCAUUAUCUAUCUAACCAGCAUGGUUAGCCGUGUUUUACCAGACCAUAUGUAUGUGUGCGAAGUCAAGAAAUUCAGAAGUUCAGUUAUCAAUCGCUCCUAAACGUAAGCUACACUUUUUACCCUUCGCAGUUGAUUACAUAUAUCACAGCAACUACGCUAUUAUAUAUUAUAUCGUAUGCAUAUUAUGCAUAAUACAUUAUUUAUGUAUAUUAUCGAAGUAAGUACAUUAAUGUCAGAGGAACGGCACCGAAGCUCCAGCAACCGCCGGCCAGUCCGCUCCUCGGCCUUCAAUUCAUGAUCCAUGAUCUACUUCACCACCUGGGGCAGCUAGGGGUCCGGGGGGCGGAGGGGGUUACUGGGGGAGGUUGGAGCUUCGCGUGCCGUUAGAAGUAUGUGCCACAAACUGCAAAAUAUCACGGGAAAGACAAAAUCAAAAAAUCUAAAAAAAAACAAAAAAAAAAUAAAUAAAUAAAACGCCUAAGGCCAAGCAAAGCCUUGGAAUGCUGGAAAGAACAUCUCCAGCUCGAUACCUAUACCCCUACAUCCAGUGACGACCCAGAACGAACCCGGACAAACAGGAAACGAACUACGGAAUAUAUCUAGAUAACCACAGGAACCAUACACCAUACACCACACACCAUACACACCACACCGCAAGAUACAAAGAUACAAAGAUACACCGACCAAAAGGCAAAGUUACCGAUUCAGGCACCCGACGAGAAAAAAUAUGCAAAAAAAACCAAAAAUACAAUCGAAAUAAGCUCAGAUUGAGGAGGACGUAAGUGCAAGUGCUGCAAAUUAGCAAAGAAAUAUUCAAAAAAAUUAUCAAUAAUUAAAUAGCAUACUUAACAGUUUUACGUAGCCGUUGAACUUAAGCAUAAUGAAAAUGAGUUAUCGUAGUUCGAAUUAUUCCAAGACGACAAAGAUAGAAUACAUUUCAGCUAAACGUAAGCAACAAAAACCAAAAAAAAAACAUAAAAGAAUAACGACGAAUAUGAAAAAUUAUUAUCUCGACGCAAACUGUUAAUUUCUUAGCAUUUUUCCUUCGUUGAACAACCAGAACACAACUUACACUACACUACAAAUAAAAGCAAAUGAGAAAUCAAUAUUACAAUAACUGUGGCAAGUCCGAACAACAACUGGGGGCUUGCAAAAUGAGAAAAAAUGACGAAGAAAAUGAGAAAAAUUAUUAACGUGGUAGAAAAAAAAAGAAAUAACAAUUAUGAGAAUAGUUAAACUUAAUUGUUUUAGAUCAAAAUAUUUAGUAGUGAGUUUUUCGAUUGAUUUUCGAGUACUUGAUGCAACGUUUUUCAAAGUUAUUAAGAUACAUACGAAUACAACUACGACAAUUUCAAUUCAAAUGUUCUUCGACGAAACAAAUUAAAUAAGUGUACUAACAAGCAACGUAAAUGUAUCGUAUUAUAGUCAAUCGCAUAUAAAGGCAAUUAUUGAUGUAUAUUUCGACAUAACCAUAACCAUAAACAUAAACAAAAACAUAAACAUAACGUGUUAAUGACAAACGAGGAAGAAACAACAACCAUGCGUAGAAAAUUGAAGGAACUUACAUAUAAAACAACCUAUUAUAAAAUAAAGCAUAAAUGUCUAACGGACUUUUCCAUUCAAGUAUAAAUUAUAUAUAUUGUAUGUAUAUGUAAAAUCGUACCUAUUGCGUGUAAGAGUGCCCAGUAUGCAAAAGGGUAGCUACACACACAAGUGAAGCAUUUCAUCAUUUCCCCCAAUCUAUUUUCAUUGAUGGUGUAACAUAGAUAUACAAAACAACCAACUAAUUUAUUAUUUCUAAGGCAAAGCGAAGCAGAAGAAGAAUAAAUCGAAAGCAGCACAGCAAAAGCUGACAGAACCCACGAAAGUUGGGUCACUCGAGUAGAUGCCACUGCCAUCUGGCCGGCACUCGACCUUCGACCUUCGACCUUCAAGGGGGCAGAGUAAGGAUGUUGCCGCGGCACUCGGAUCGGAGAAGAUCAGAGGAUCAGGUGAUCAGGAGAAGACGACCUACCAUAGACCGACCGACUGACUGACGCCACGAACCCAGAACGAGGCAUACAAAAUGGUUUGAGUUCCUAAAGAAACAUAACCCGACCACCAACAACAACAACCGGACGGAUUGAAGAGACCCCUCAACUGACCCGAGAACUGGCUGUAUAUACGCACAUCUAACUCCAGACUAGCAGCUACUCCCGACCAGAUACAGAUGCAGAUGCAGAUACAGAUGCAGAUACAGAUACAAACACUGAUCUGAUACCAAAACUGAUACUGAUACAAAUACGGAAAACUGGACAGAACUUAGCAUUAGGCCUACACAAUGAGAUUCACGUUGAGACGAGUGAUCGGAGUGCGCAACUUGGGGCUCUGCUCCACCAAGGUGAAGAAGGGUCAGGAGGCUGGGACAGAUGGGCAGGUGGACAGAUGAGCAGGUGGACAGAGGAGGAGUCCACGACAUGCGACUGGAGAAACAGUCUGGCGUACAAAGUUAUCAGAGAGGCAACCAAACUUGAGUCUCAAUGUUCUAGCAGUUUUUUUUCGAAAGGAUUCAGUUUGGUAACCGCGGACGAUAAUAUACAAAUACAAAUAAAUACAAAAACGCAAUUCAGGCAGCAAAAAACGUGGGGAAUAUUCGAGGCAUUGAGCAGCAAGACAUUGCUGUAGAAUUCAAUUAGCCAUCGAGUAAGCAAAUCAAUAAAACAAAACGAGCAGGCUUUCAUACAUUUUUGGAAAACCAAAAACCAAAGCAAAUAUGAGAUCUGAUUAAACGAGGCAUUUAGCGAUAAGUGAAACAUUUAACAAUAUCGAUGUGUAUACAUAUGCUGCAUCCAAAAUAUAUAUCUAUUUAGCCACUUGGCAAAGAUUUGUGUUAUUAAGCAAAGAUGAAAAGCAAAAAUGAAAAAACUAAUAAGAAACCCAAAAAAAAAGGUAAAAACCAGCAAAAAAUUAUGCUGGCUGAGGCCACUAAUAUCUAAAUGUACUGUAACUGAUGAAUCAAACAACUUAACAAAUUAAAAACUUAAAUGAUUAUUGAAAAUAAAUCCAGCAAGUAAAAUACACCGAACACCGACACUCGAAAAAAAUAAAAGAAAAGAAAAGAGAACAUGGAGCAUACCUAUUAAAGGUUUUUUGUGCAAAACUAAUUAACCUAUGCAAUUUAAGUGUUUUAAACAUACCAGUAAUGAGUAAACAUGCUACAAUUAUUUAUGAGAAUUAUAUAGCAACGUGUAUACCUACAUAUAUAUAUAUAUAUAUAUAAAUGUUAUUAAUCCAUUUGAAUUUACUGAGAACGAAAGAAAGAGGAUAUGCAUACCUAUAUCUAAAUCUAAAUGUACCGCGCCAUUGUGUAAUAUGCGCUACAAAUUCAAGUUUAAAUCACAAACAUAUUAUAUUCUGCUGCAUGUGUAAAUUAUAAAUAUAAAUGUAAAUUAAACGAUACCAAAGCAAACCGAAAAAUGCGAACAAUUUUCGAUGAUAAACAGCAAGCAGAACAGAAUAAGGAGAUAACGAUGUAGAACCGGUAACAAAAACGACUACUAUUAUAAUACCAAUCAAAAAAUAAUAAAGAGACCCUUAAACAAACGAA